GACAGUGUUCCUGCACACGCAAACACAAAUAAGCACGUAGUCAAUCAAAGAUAGUUAUCGACGGUAAAUAUGCCAGAGCAAUAUGAAUCAGUUUUGUUUUUAUAUUGAUUUCACUGACACGUUGUAGGAAUAUUCUGCGUUCUGUAUCUGCAUGUGAGAUGGAGACGUUGUUAAAGAGAGAGCUGGGCACUUCCGUGCUGAAGAGCUCUGGUCAUUCAGGAGGAGGAUGCAUCAGUGAAGGCCAGAGCUAUGACACUGACACUGGCAGAGUGUUCGUCAAGAUCAACCACAAGAAUGAGGCUAGGCGGAUGUUUGAUGGAGAAAUAGCAAGUUUGGAAGCGAUCUUGUCUACAAACACAGUGAAAACACCCAGACCUGUGAAGGUUGUGGACCUUGAGAGAAAUGGAGCUGUUCUUGUAAUGGAACAUGUGGAUAUGAAGAGCUUGAACAGAUACUCAGCAAAACUGGGGGGACAACUCGCUGACCUACAUCUGUACAACAAAAGACAGAUAGAGAAACAAAACAAGGAGCAGCAGACUGUUGGGAAAGGAUCUGGACAGUCUGAAAUUGCCACAGUAAACAAGUUUGGGUUCCAUGUGGCCACAUGCUGUGGUUACAUCCCUCAGGUAAAUGAUUGGCAGGAUGAUUGGGUGUCCUUUUACUCCCAGCAACGUCUUCAGCACCAGCUCAGCUUAGUGGAGCAGUCAUACGGCGACAGAGAGGCCAGGGAAUUGUGGGCCAAACUCCAACUGAAGAUCCAUCAGCUGUUUGCUGACAUAGAGGUGUACCCAGCUCUGCUACAUGGAGACCUUUGGGGAGGAAACGUGGCUGAAUGUUCUGAUGGUCCCAUCAUCUUUGACCCAGCAUCGUUUUACGGCCAUUCAGAGUAUGAGCUGGCUAUUGCUGGCAUGUUUGGUGGCUUUGGGAGCUCUUUUUACAGCGCUUACCAUGAGAAGAUCCCCAAGACCACUGGGUUUGCAGGGAGGCAUCAACUAUACAAACUUUUCCAUUACCUGAACCACUGGAAUCACUUUGCUGGUGGCUACAGGGACUCUUCUCUACGCAUCAUGAAGGAUCUUACAAAGUAGACUCUAAUUCAUUAAAGUGUCCCCUUCAAUUCUUAAUUUAUAGAGGUGGAUGUUAAACUAACCCACAGCAUUUGAUGCAAUUUGCUCAUUGGUUGAAAAACCUGCUGAUUAGGUAAUCAUACUGUAUGCUGCAAAUCAAGUCACACACUUUGUGCAUGAUCAAACUGAUUGAAUUAAACGCUAUCAGUCUGAUGGCACAAAAACCACUGCAUAGAUGACAUGAGAAAAUCUAUUAUCUUAACUGUGAAUUCAUAUACUUCCAAAAAAUAGGAAAAUGUUUUAGAUGCAGCAUUCCCUUUGUGAAUUUCACUUUAACCUUACUACACAUAAAUGUUUUGAAGAGAGAUGACUUAUUGCACCUUGCUUUAACACCAGAUGUGUGCACUCUGUAUCUAUAACAGUUGCAUCUCAGUGUUAUUAAAUCCAUUCCCAACUAA